AAUAAAUCUCAUACCACAAUUCACACAUAUGGCAAAGCUCAUCCUCGUCAUCGCCUCCCAAAUCCUCCUUCUCGCAGCCCUUAUCUCAUCCGGUAACGGCGAUGACUUUGCAAAAGUCAUUGACCGGAAACUCCUAGGCCUCCGUAAAGAGAAACUAACUUUCUUCCGUGUCUACUGGCACGACAUUCAAAGCGGCUCAAACCCUACCUCGGUCAUGCUCAGACCUCCUCUCACCAACACAUCCUUCUUUGGAGCGGUCACAGUGAUCGAUAACAGACUAACCACCGAAGUGGCUAUAAACUCGACUUUGGUAGGCCAGGCACAAGGGAUGUACGCUGCUGUAGGGCAGCGUGAUUCGUCUGCGCUUAUGGUUAUGAACUUUGCGUUCAAGACAGGGAAGUAUAACGGAAGUACGAUCUCUAUACUUGGUCGUAACGAGGUGUUGACUAAGGUUAGGGAGAUGCCGGUAAUUGGAGGAAGUGGACUGUUCCGGUUCGCUAGAGGUUAUGUCGAGGCUAGGACCAUGUGGUUUGAUCCAAAGACAGGAGAUGCUACCGUUGAGUAUAGCUGUUACGUCAUGCACUACUAGCUAUUAGCUAGUAUAAUUGUGUUUUGCAUUUUGUUAUUGUGAUUUUCAUUACUUCAGUAACAUUUGCAAUUUAAAACUGUUGUUGUUUGGGGUUUGUUUUGUUGCAUGUGUCUGAUCGUUGAGAGGGGUUAACGUAAUUAAUUAUAUGUUUUUAUAUAUUGGUGGUUUGAUUUCAUCUACAAAAUAAAAUAAAAAAUAAAAAGUGAAUGUUUCUACAUGCAUGAAACAGACCACCAUACUUUAGGUCAAAACAAGUGGGCGCGAAGACUCA